AUGCCAGCCUGCAGCAAAAUCCGCCAUAUUGUCAGGAUCCGGCAGAUGCUCCAGCGGUGGCGGAAGAAGGCGGCGACUGCGGCGGCCCGUCGGGCCCCCGCCGACGUGCCGGCCGGUCACGUGGCGGUCGCCGUGGGCUCUGGCCGCCGGCGGUUCGUGAUACGGGCCACCUACCUGAACCACCCCCUGUUCAGGAAGCUUCUAGUUCGGGCCGAGGAGGAGUACGGGUUCGGCAAUUCGGGCCCUCUGGCAAUCCCCUGCAACGAGUCUCUGUUCGAGGAAAUCUUGAGGUACCUGGCCCGAACGGAGCCCGAUACGAACAGAUCGGCCCGGUCCAUGAGCUUUGAGGAUUUUCAAAGAUAUUGCCACAUGGGCUUCAGAACUAAUUUGGAGUUUUGGGCCGAUUCAAGGCCCCUUUUGCAUGGUGGGUCAGAUAGGUCCAUUUGGUGA